AUGAAUUCUGAAGAUUUUCCUCCUUUAGAAAGAAAGGAAAAUGAGCAGUCAAAAAUACCUGCACGACCUUUUAUUGCAAAAGACACAGUACAACCUGCAGAUACUCUAGCUCCUCUCUCAGCUGCAGAAGAAGUCUUAAAUUGGCAAACCAAUAACGCUGUUGCUCAGAAUCAGUAUCUGAAGAAGAUUGAUAAUAGACUCUCACAAGUCUAUGAAAAAACAAGUUCUAUUGAAGCUCAUGUCACUUCCUUCAAACAGGAAGCCUUGCAAUUGCAUACAAAGCUUUCAGUCAGGCUGUCUAAGCUUGAACAAGAGAUACAGCAGAUUCUAGCAACCCAGCCUACAUCACCUCUAUUCUUGCAAAAGGACAGAGAAAUCUUACGGCUGAAAGAGCAGAUCAGAGAAAUUGAAAGAGACCUUUAUCCUACCAAACAUCCUGUCUCCUCCCCACUCAAUUUUCCUAUUUCUACACCUUAUCCUUUUAUAUCCUCGGUUGUGCCCUUCAAACAAUAUGCCACAGUUUCAGAUUUGGUGCCCAGAGCAUCAAAACCAACAAAAAGGGUAUCCUCUAAAACUCCAUCCUCUUUCUCACAACCCACAAAAGACAAAGGACCUGCUAAACAACAGUUUGCCAUACAGCAUACAGCCUCUGCCUCAACAGAGUCGUUUGUCUCAGAUUCAGAUCUGUCUCAGUUUGAGCUUCAGCGCUCUAGUUCUUACUCUUCUGACCAAGAAACUGGAACCUCUGUUUCUACAGCUGAAUCCCAGGUACUAGGUUCUCAUGUGUUAAUGAAUACACAACAAGAACCAGACCUCACAGAAGAACCAGACUUCACAGAAGAGACUAAAGAUCGAGAAUCUCUCUCUCCAGAAAGUUCUCUCCCUCCAAAACCAACCUCUGGGUUCUGGCAGUUAGGCAUUCAUCCUGAUGACAGAUACAAGAUUGCUUUUUGUAUUCCAGAUGCACAAUACCAGUGGACCGUCAUGCCUUUUGGCCUUAAAACGGCUCCCUCUAUCUUUCAAAGGGCAAUGAUCCGGAUUUUUGAGCCACUUCUGGAUACUUGUAUCAUCUAUAUAGAUGAUAUUCUCCUUUUUUCUAAAUCUGCCAAAGAACAUGAAGAGCCUCUCCAACGUUUCCACAGUUUGGUCCACUCAUACGGGAUAAUGCUCUUAGAGAAAAAAUCAUAUAUUGGGCAAUCUGAAAUGGAUUUUCUUGGCCUGAAAUUGAAGAAUGGGCAAUAUGAAGCAGGCCCUCAUUUGGCCCAAGAAUUGUGGCAUUUUCCUGAUGAGAAUCUAUCAAAAAAGCAAGUUCAACAAUUUCUGGGCAUAAUCAAUUACAUUCGAGAUUUUAUUCCAAAGGCCGCAGCCCAUACAAAGAAGACUCCUGCACUCUCCAUUCCUGCUGAUGACGCACAGUUGAUUCUGCAAACUGAUGCUAGUGACUUUGCUUGGGGUGCCCUUCUCCUGCAGGAACAAAACAAAAAGGAAUCAUUAUGCAAAUAUGUUUCAGGACAGUUUAAAGACAGUGAGCUUCAUUAUCAUUCCAACAUAAAAGAGAUUUUGGCGGUUAAAUAUGCAAUUCAAAAAUGCGAGUUCUUCAUUGCUUCAAGACACUUCAUUGUCAGAAUGGACAACUCCAAUUUUCCUCGCAUUCUGGAAUUUAAGGGACGCCAGAUUCCUGAUAAACAGCUUCUCCGCCUAAAGGAAUGGUUCUCUUUGUAUGAUUUUGAAGUACAACACAUCCAAGGCAACAAGAACCUCAUUCCUGAUUUCUUAUCUCGCCUCUCCAAGCCCUUCACAAAUCCCCCUAGUCCUUCUUUCUUUAUCCUUAUGGCUCAGUUUAGCCUUCCAACCACACACCCAGAUCAACCAGCCAACCUGUCUAUUCCUGAAUUCGAACUUUGGAUUUACAAACGCAUCUUAGCCUUUUAUCAAGACAUUGUGCCUCAUCCAGAAGACUUUGCUGCUUCAUUUCCAUGGAGACUUUUUCCUACCAUAAUAGAGACAUUUCCCUCAACAUCUGAGCAAUUCUGGUACCUUUGGUAUCUUACAUAUCUAUAUCAUCUUCCCGUAGAACUCCCAUUAUUACAGACCUUAUGGUUCUUGCACAGGGAAGAAAAUGAGUCACAUCCUGCCUGA